CCAACCCUUCGCCGUCGGCCGCCUAUAAGUAGCUCUCGCCCCACCUCCUCCGCCUCCCCAGAGGAGCCACCUGCCGCCGCACGACGACUCCUCACAUCCUCGCUACGCCACAUCCUCCUCCUCCUCCUUCUUCUUGUGUUGGAAUGGCGCUCGCCACCAACUCCGCUGCGGCUGCGGCGGCGGCCGCUGUAUCCGGGGGUGCGGGAGCGGGGCGCGCCGCCACGUUCCUGCCGCUGAAGAGGCGAAGCAUCUCGGCCGCCCACGCGGCUGACCCGGCGAAGAGCAACGGGCCCGUGCCGGUGCCGGCGGCCGCGAAGACCUCGUCGCCGACGGUUGCGGCGCCGGAGAUGAAGCCGGCCGCGCCGGGGAAGUGGGCGGUGGACAGCUGGAAGUCGAAGAAGGCGCUGCAGCUCCCCGAGUACCCUAGCCAGGAGGAGCUGGACGCCGUGCUCAAGACGAUCGAGACGUUCCCGCCCGUGGUGUUCGCCGGGGAGGCGCGCCACCUCGAGGACCGCCUCGCGGACGCCGCCAUGGGCCGCGCCUUCGUCCUCCAGGGCGGCGACUGCGCCGAGAGCUUCAAGGAGUUCAACGCCAACAACAUCCGUGACACCUUCCGCAUCCUGCUCCAGAUGGGCGCCGUCCUCAUGUUCGGCGGCCAGAUGCCCGUCGUCAAGGUGGGGAGGAUGGCCGGCCAGUUCGCCAAGCCGAGGUCCGACUCGUUCGAGGAGAGGGACGGGGUUAAGCUGCCGAGUUACAGGGGAGACAACGUCAACGGCGACGCCUUCGACGAGAAGAGCCGUGUGCCGGACCCGCAGAGGAUGAUCCGGGCGUACGCGCAGUCGGUGGCCACUCUCAACUUGCUCCGCGCGUUUGCCACCGGAGGUUACGCCGCCAUGCAGCGGGUCACGCAGUGGAACCUCGAUUUCAUGGGUCACAGCGAACAAGGAGACAGGUACCGUGAAUUGGCACACCGGGUGGAUGAGGCACUUGGCUUCAUGACUGCUGCAGGGCUGACAGUUGACCAUCCGAUAAUGACAACAACUGACUUCUGGACCUCCCACGAGUGCCUUCUCUUACCAUAUGAGCAGGCUCUUACACGUGAGGAUUCCACCAGUGGCCUUUUCUAUGACUGCUCAGCCCACAUGCUAUGGGUUGGUGAGCGCACUCGCCAACUCGAUGGAGCUCAUGUUGAAUUUCUCCGUGGUGUCGCCAACCCUCUUGGCAUAAAGGUGAGUGACAAAAUGAACCCCAGUGACUUGGUGAAGCUGAUUGAGAUUUUGAACCCUUCAAACAAGCCUGGAAGGAUAACCAUAAUUACAAGAAUGGGGGCAGAGAACAUGAGGGUGAAGUUGCCUCAUCUUAUCCGUGCUGUUCGCAGUUCUGGACAGAUUGUCACAUGGAUUACUGAUCCCAUGCAUGGAAACACCAUCAAGGCUCCAUGUGGUCUGAAGACUCGUCCGUUCGAUUCCAUUCUGGCUGAGGUACGUGCGUUCUUCGAUGUUCAUGAUCAAGAAGGCAGCCACCCAGGAGGCAUCCACCUGGAAAUGACUGGGCAGAAUGUAACCGAAUGCAUUGGUGGAUCACGGACCGUCACCUUCGAUGACCUUAGUGACCGCUACCACACCCACUGCGACCCAAGGCUGAACGCGUCGCAGUCCCUGGAGCUCGCCUUCAUCAUCGCCGAGAGACUGAGGAGGAGGAGGAUGCGGUCGGGGCUCAACAACAGCCUACCGUUGCCCCCGUUGGCUUUCUAAACUCUUCUGGGACGGGGGAAUGGAAAAGAAACUGGGAGGAGGAUGGGGGUAGAAUAGUUUCAACUCGUCGGCGGUGAUAUUUGCUUGUGUUCUAUCAAAUGUUUGUAAGGUGGUUGUUGAAGUGUUUCUCGGCACUAUAGGCGGUUGUCGAGGGCAAGGAUGAUAGCAUAUAUACUCGCCGUGUGGUACUAAGUUUUUUGUUCUGCUGUUCUGAAUGUUUUGAGGGGGCCUCAGCUGUUGUGCGCUUUGGCCUUCUGGAGACGGGGGAAAAUAAAGCUAGAUGAGUUUGCUUGGUUAUUGUUGUUCUA